ACCGCCGCCGUGAGCGCGCUUCCAUCUCUGUCAUCGGUAAAACAUCAGCAUCUUCCGGGGAGGUGGGGGGGGCGCGCGCAGAAAAACGGGAGGAGGACGGAGAGGAAGAGGAGACAUUCUGGAUUUUUUUUUUUUUUAAUCUUUCUGAUCAUUAUGAUGAUGAUGAUGAUGGAGUCCAGGCGGAGGAGGACGUCGGAUUCACACGGAAGGACUGUUGAGAUUUGACACGCGGACUCGUGUUUGGAAAGCCACUCUCCAUUUUCUUUCUUUCCCCACCACCACCACCACCACCACCCUUCACUUCUCUGCGUCUCGUGCUGCGUGGACAUUGAAGGCGAGCGGAGGAAGAGGAGCACCCCACGGAUGCCUCGGAAGGUAAAAACGGGGUGGUUCAUCUCACGGAUGGGAGUAAAGGACAAGAAGCUUUGAGCUGAUGGAUGAGGAUGACAAACAGCUUUAGCCCCCCUCCACCUGACGACUGUGAAAGGAAGAAGAAGAAGAAGAAAAGAAAUUUUGAUGGAUUUUCUUCAUCGUUUCUGGUGUAGCCCCCAGGAAAGCAGCCUGACAGCAAUGUUGAAUCACUGUUGCUAAAUUAUUCAUCAGAGGCUUUAGAUGGCUUUAAUGUAGCACUCCCUAUUAAAUCAUUUUAUAUACAUAUAUAUAUAUAUAUACACACAUAUAUAUAUAUAUAUAAUGUAUGGUCUUAUGAGGUCACAUACCCAUUUUCAGGUUUAUCCUUUGAUGUUUUUAGGCACAUUUAAUAGUCUUUAACAGAAGCGGGGGGAUCGUAGCGCAGAUCUGGAUACUGAGGUGUGUCGAGCUGUGUGUGUUUUUUUUUUUAAUUGGCAUAGAGGUAAAGAGCAGGGGUGUCUAACACAGCUAUAAAAAAAAAUAGACUAAACAUGUUGCCUUCCCAAGAAGCCUCCAAGAUCUACCAUGACAAUUACAUGCGCAACUCCCGUGCCAUCGGGGUGCUGUGGGCCAUCUUCACCAUCUGCUUCGCCAUCGUCAACGUGGUGGUCUUCAUCCAGCCCUACUGGAUCGGAGACAGCGUGAAGACCACGCAGACCGGCUACUUCGGCCUCUUCCACUACUGCGUGAGCAAGGAGCCGGGGGCGGGCAGCCGGGAGCUGUACUGCGCCGGCAGCUUCUCCGACUUCAGCUCCAUCCCGUCCGGAGCCUUCAAGGCGGCCUCGGUGUUCGUGCUGCUGUCCAUGGUGCUGAUCCUCAGCUGCAUCGCGUGCAUGGCGCUCUUCUUCUUCUGCAACACCUCCACCGUUUACAAGACCUGUGCCUGGAUGCAGCUGCUGUGCGGAGUGUGCCUGGUGCUGGGCUGCAUGAUCUUCCCUGACGGAUGGGACGCAGAGGUGAUCCAGGACAUGUGUGGGGAGCAGUCGGGGAAAUACUCCCUGGGGAACUGCUCUGUACGCUGGGCCUACAUGCUGGCCAUCAUGGGCAUCCUGGACGCCCUCAUCCUCUCUUUUCUAGCCUUCGUCCUGGGAAACCGGCAAACAGACUUCUACCUUGAUGAUCUGCAGACAGACAACAAAGAUUUUGCCAUUUCAAGGAUUGAGGUGCGGGACAGACGAGAGCCUCGUUACGGCGUGCAGCGUCUUCACUGAGGGCAACAACGGCACUGAACAACUCUUGUCUUUGUUUUUCUCUUCUUCUCUUUCUCCCCUCUUCUAAUUUUCGUCUUAUUUCUUCUCUAACGAUCAGGAUAUCACCCAAUCUCAAUGCAGAAAUGUACAGGAUCCUGUAAGAUAAAAAAAAAAAAAAAAA